AUGAAAGCCGUAACAAAGAAAUUUGGUCGCGACACCCUUGUCCAGUUUGAGGACUUUGCGUUUCCGAAUGCAUUCAAGUUUUUGGACAAGUAUCGGGAAGAUUAUUGCACGUUUAACGACGACAUUCAA